CUGAAGAUUCUGAGUAGUUUCUUUGUUAUAUCUUAUAUUAUAUCAUAUCUUGCAGCCGCAACACCGGACUCGCCAAAAUCCAAAGAUGGAUAGACCAAAGCGUGUAGUAACUAAACCAGCAUGCUAUCAAACUACAUCCUCUGAGGAAUCCCCUAACGAAAGAGACAUUACAACAGCACCAGGAACCAUUGAUGAUGAUAUUGAAGGCAUACGGAGUGCUCUGAAGGACAGUAUAAACAAAAAUAAUAUUCAUCAUUCAAAUGUACACUUUAACAAUCAGUUGCAUACUCAACCACAUACGUCCACACAACCACACACUUAUAUAUAAUCACACACGUCCAUACAAUCCCACACUUUUAAACAAUUACACACGUCCACACAACCGCAUAUAUCCACAUAGCACAUACACUCAUAUACAAACAUACAACCCCACACAAACAAUAUAUCAUACAUGUACUCACCAUCUAACACUUACAUUGAGAAUAACAUACAAACAACAUCCUCACACAAUCAUGCAACAGGAUCGACACAUGAUAUACAUUUUGACACAGAUUUUACUGAAUUGCAGAGUACGCGAAUGUCCUUUACGAGUGGCAUACAUGAGGGACAGCGAAAUCCUAUACAGGAUUCCCAUAUCCAGGCUGCUGGAGAAACUUUAGUGGAAGAACGUGUGGAAAAAAUAUAUACCAAAAGAAUGGAAGAACGCCUAGAUCGCAUGGAAGCACAACUAAAAAAAAUGAACAGCUUACUGGAAACCAUCGUCAAAUGUGUGCAAGUGCGCAAUUCCGCGCAAUUUAAACCAGAUGGCCGUCCAAUUACAUUCAUGGAAGAGAUGGUAUUCGAAGAAAUGAAUGAAGAAAAAUAUCCCAACGUGGUAAGCAGAAGAAAAAAACCCAAUAUAUUUAUGAAAUAUAUUAAUCGGGUUUUAUAA